AUUAAAAAAGAAGACACUACAUAACCUUAAAUUUUGUAGUUUAUAAAAUAAGUAAAUACAUAAAAUAUGAAUUAAUUUUUCAACUGUACCAUUGUUUAUAUAUUUCUGAAUUGUAUAAAUAUAUUUCUAUCAUGACUUCAAUAAUAAAACUUCAAGCUCUAUCAGGAGCUAAAGAUGAAUCGCCUCCUUGUUACCUAUUACAAGUAGAUGAUGUGCGAAUAUUACUAGAUUGUGGAUGGGAUGAAAAAUUCAACAUGGAAUUUAUUAAGGAAAUAAAAAGGCACGUACAUUCAAUAGACGCUGUGUUACUUUCUUAUCCGGAUGUAUACCACUUAGGAGCUCUGCCGUAUAUUGUUGGAAAACUCGGUUUAAAUUGUCCUAUUUAUUCAACUAUACCAGUAUAUAAAAUGGGGCAAAUGUUUAUGUACGAUUUAUAUCAAUCGCAAUACAAUAUGAAAGAAUUUUGUAUUUUUUCUUUAGACGAUGUCGAUGCUACGUUUGAAAAAGUUAUUCAGUUAAAAUAUAACCAAACCGUGUCUUUGAAAGGAAAAGGUUAUGGUUUAACAGUUACCCCUCUACCGGCUGGACAUAUGAUAGGUGGUACUAUUUGGAAGAUAAUGAAAGUGGGAGAAGAAGAUAUUAUUUAUUGUAACGACUUCAAUCAUAAAAAAGAGCGGCAUUUAAACGGUUGCGAAUUGGAGAGAUUACAAAGACCUUCGUUACUUAUUACAGAUGCGUUUAAUGCUACUUACCAACAAGCAAGAAGAAGAGCCAGAGAUGAAAAACUUAUGACAAACAUUCUGCAGACUCUCCGUAAUCACGGUAACGUUCUCAUAGCUGUCGAUACGGCUGGUAGAGUGUUAGAAUUGGCGCACAUGCUGGAUCAAUUAUGGCGCAAUAAAGAAUCCGGUCUUUUGGCUUAUUCUCUCGCGUUUUUAAAUAACGUUAGUUACAACGUAGUCGAAUUCGCUAAAUCCCAAAUAGAAUGGAUGAGCGAUAAAUUAAUGAGGAGUUUCGAGGGAGCUAGGAAUAAUCCGUUUCAAUUUAAACAUCUGCAAUUAUGUCACAGUUUAUCGGAAUUGAGUAAAGUACCGAGUCCUAAGGUGGUACUGGCUAGUUCACCGGAUAUGGAGAGCGGAUUUUCCAGGGAGUUGUUCCUCCAAUGGUGUUCCAGUUCGAAUAAUAGUAUUAUUUUGACCACUAGAACGUCUCCUGGAACUUUGGCUAGAGAUUUGAUAGAUAAUGGAGGGGGUAGGAACAUCGAUCUCACAGUUGAAAGGAGGGUUAAAUUAGAAGGAGUGGAAUUGGAAGAAUUUGAAAAACGACAGAGAGCAAAAAAUGGUCGACUUAAUAAAGAGGAUGACGAUUCCGAUUCGGAAUCUGAUAUCGAGAUGUCCGUUAUAUCGAAAGGUAGACACGAUAUAGUGAUAAAACAAGAAGGUAAAAUAAAUACGGGAUUUUUCAAAGUUACCAAAAAAAUGUAUCCGAUGUAUCCGUUUCACGAAGAUAAAAUUAAAUGCGACGAAUACGGGGAAAUCAUCAGACCGGAAGAUUACAAAUUGGCCGAUGUCGGUGUAGAUGGAGAAGAUAACAAAGAAAAUAUAAUUAUAAAAAAAGAAAUAGAAGAAGAGAUCACUGAAAUAACGGAACAACCGACGAAAUGUAUAGUACUGCAGAGAACGGUCCAAGUGAAUUGUCAAGUGCAGUAUAUCGAUUUCGAAGGUAGAUCCGAUGGGGAAUCGUUAAUGAAGAUACUUUCUCAACUUAAACCGAGGAGGAUCGUCGUGGUGCGCGGUAACGAGGAAAAUACCGAGGUUAUAGCGAAACAUUGCGAAGAAAAUAUCCAAGCCAGGGUUUUUACGCCCGAUAAAGGGGAAAUUAUCGAUGUUACCAGCGAAACACACAUAUAUCAAGUUCGUUUGACUGACGCUUUGGUUACUCAACUCAAUUUCCAAAAGGCUAAAGAUGCCGAAGUGGCGUGGAUUACGGCGAAUAUUGUGCUCAGGGAAAGUCAGGCGGACGCUAAGAGGAUUUACGUCGAUGACGAACCGAUGGAAGUUGAAGAAGAAGACACUAGAAUUUUAACGCUCGAACCUGUUAACGACGGCGAUAAUCACGACCCUGUAUUCAUAAACGAAUUAAAAUUAUCCGAAUUCAAACAAGUCCUCGGUAGAAAUAACAUUCCUUCGGAAUUUUCCGGGGGAGUUUUAUGGUGUUCUAACGGAACAAUAGCUAUUAGAAAGGUGGAAACAGGGAAAAUAAUGCUCGAGGGUUGUAUAUCGGAGGAUUAUUAUAAAGUUAAAGAAUUGUUGUAUGACCAAUACGCCAUUUUAUAAUUUCAAUGAUUUGUGAUCACUUUUUUUCAUUUAUUAUAAUAAAAAUUGAAAAAUAUACGGGAAAA